ACAUUACCAACCUCAGACAGAAAAAUGGCCAAAACCAAAAAAUCCGCUGUCAACCCUCUUUCACGUCCCAAAAAAGCCGCCGUCAACUCUUUUUCACCUCCAAAAAAGCUGCUGUCAACUCUCUAUCACCUUCCAAAAAAGCUGCAGUCAACUCUUCACCUCCUAAAAAAGCUGCAGUCAACUCUCUUUCACCUCUAAGUUCAGACAAGAAAAUAAUCAAAACUAAACCAACUCCAACAUCUGUUAGAUCCCUUUCACUUUUAAGUUCAGAUGAGAAACAUGAUAUUUCUUCUCGAUCUGCAACCUCUGUUGCACAACCCAGAUCUGUCGACAUUUCAGACAGAAAAAUAAUCAAAACUAAACCAACUCCAACAUCUGUUAGAUCCCUUUCACUUCUAAGUUCAGACGAGGAACAUGAUAUUUCUUCUCGAUCUGCAACUUCUGUUACACAACCCAGAUCUGUCGAAAUUUCUUCUCAACCUGCCAGACAUCAACCAACUUCUUUUACACAAACUAGAUCUGUCAAUUCUCUUCCACCCCUAAGCUCAAGCAGGGAGCAUAAAAAUCAACAAAGUUGGAGGAAUAUUGAUGAAAUUCUUGCAAUUCAAAGACAGCAAGAACACUCUAUUUCGACUAUGAAAAAUACUUUAAAUAAUCUAUUAUCUUCAUUAGAAUCUUUAAAUAGUAAAAUUGACUCAUUAAGUCGAGCUGGAAGUCAGAGAGGAUUAGAAGUUGGUGAAACCUCAGCAGCUGUGCAACAAAGACAAUUUAAAAAUGAAAGAGAACGAAAAAAUGCACUUCGAAGAGAGAUUUUUAUUUUACUGGAUAAAAGGGGUGAUGAUUAUGGUUUAGAUCGCAAUUCUACUUGGGCCGACCAAAAAGUUCGACUAGCAAAAAAUACUAUUCCUGUGCUUCUCGAAGUUUUUGAACGGCAAUAUAACACCAACAGAAAUGAGAUAUCAGAUAUAUUACAGCAACGGCUAAAAUCAAAAAGGAAUCUUCAAUAUGUUCAAAUAGUCCG